CCUACUGUGGAAUAUGAAAUAUAGCAGCACCCCAACCAUGGAGGGGGAGAAUAAGAGCCGAAGAAAAGGAGAGAACAGAAGCAACGAUAAGAACAGACACUGUUAUCGUAUGGAUACAGUAAUUGUACGGCUCUCUUUCUGACGUCAUCCCCCGCACGGUCAGCAAACCAUCGCCGACAAAUAAAACCACUGAUUCACGGCGCUUAAAAGAUACGUACUGGCCUUCUCUCUCUUCCAAAUCUCCUCACCUCAAUUUCUUUGAUCCAUAGGCCAAAAUGGAGCCAUGGCAGCGAAACAUUCGCAGGAUGCACCAAGUCGGCGAGGUCCUCGACCUCGACCCUCAGAAGUCCGACAUGAUCGCCGAUUUCGUCGCACUCAUCCAAGCAAUCCGCGAAGGGCUUACGCAAAUCGACGAUGAUUCCUAUAUUCCCGAUUCGCAGAUCAAUAUGCUCUUUUUGACAAAGCUUAGAGAAUGUCCUGAUUGGAGUGACUGGGCAUCUGCCAUGCUGCGAGAUAGUCGGAUGUGCUCCUCCAAUCCUGCGGAGCAGGUGACCUUUCAGGAGCUGGCCCAAUUGGCCAUGGAGCAAGAGAAGAUCCGUCAGCAGCGGGGAAGGAGUGCACGGAGUGGUGAUCAUGGUGCUGCCAAGAGAGGGUUUGCAUCGCCAUUGGAGGUUCCGGAAGAUCCUCGCCCUCUCACUCAGGACGAGAUCAACGCAUUCGUUGUUAAACAGAUGCAUAAGGAUGAGGCAUUCCGUAAUCGCAGUGGAAGUGUCCGGGGACAUGCUAAGCGGCCCAGUCAGGAGGAAAUCAAUGACUACGUGGUUGAACAGAUGCGUCGCGAACGGGAGCAAGCUACAAGGAAUCGAAGUUACAGUCAACCGAUGCAGGGAGGACCUGUUCAACGACCGGUGCAAAUGCGCUGUACCUUCUGUGGUGAUAGAAAUCACCAGCUUUCAAACUGCUGGCGGAGAUGGAGAGUUGCUGUGGAAGCUCCGAAUGGGAACUACUUGCCUAAACGUGUCGAGUACAGGACUGAAAUUCCGGGCCAACCACCCAUGUAUCGCACGGGUUUCACGCUUUUUUGACUUGUGUAAACAUGAUAGUGAUCUUUGAUCGUGUUUACGAUUUUUACUCUCGUUUAUCAGCGACUGGAGUUGAGCCAAGAGCAUGGAGUUUGGAGUCUUUUAGCAUCAAGUUCCCCUAUGUUGAAUAUUUGGAGCAACGGUUUUUGUUCUUGAGCGACAUACAUGCAAGAUUCCCAUACAUACUUUGCUGUCGUUACGAAUUUUCUUUCCUAAGCUCUGCAUCAAUAGAAAAGCUUCUCAUAUUCCCUUCUCAAGGCAAAGGCGUAGCCCGGUGAUAAGCAAGCGUUGGAAUUCCCAAUUUCAAGCUCUCGAGAUCUUGGAAGGUUGGAUCUGACUUCAAAGACGAAGAACUGUCCGGCCACUUCUUCUGCAGAAGCAUGCUUCGCAGUCUCAUCUGGACAGACACACAUGCGUCUGCCCACGCGCAGACAGCUCCAGCUAGGCCUUCUGUAAGGGAAAAUGGGCGAUCAGGUAGUCGAUAGAUGUUAGACGUUG